AUGGAUGGACGGGGGUGGCUCAACUUGGUCCAGAAUGACCAAAACCCUCACUUUUUUGCCUCGGCCUCUUUCGACAUCAUCCUUGUUCCGUCCUUAAGCCCAUCCUGGCGCCCGAGGCAUGGGGGCAUUUGCAGGAUGGGCCCGAGCAACGCCAAAGAUACAAGCUGCUUAGAACAAGGGCGCCGGGGGGGGGGGGGAUCAACAGCUUGA